GUCCUCCGCUGCUACUUCUCCCCCUUCUACCGCUGAUGCUGCCAGCAGUACCAACACCGGUAGCAGCAACGACAGCAGCACCAGCGGCAGCAGCUUCCAGGCCGCCCUCACCGCCUACCGCAUCCGCGCGGGACUACACGUGGAUCCGGAGCAGGAGCAGCGGGCGGCGCAGUUGUACGAUGAAGGAAUGGAGCUGUUCAAGUCCGGGGAACUAAGAUCUGCGUACGACAAAUUUGUACAGGUGCUUGCGCUGGUGCCUGUGAAGAGCAAGCAGGCCAUCCUGCUCGACAGCGCGGGGCAGGGGCAGGAGGCGCAGCGACUGUACCGCAGCGUGGCAGGGCACAGCGUGGCGCAGGUUUCCAAGAAGGCCAGGCAGAUGCUGUUCGGCUUCGAAGCCAUGACCUUUAUGAAGGCGGACCAGUUCAGUUACGGAGUCAAGAAGGCCGAGUACGACAAGUACUUUAGGUACGGCAGUAUGGCAAAUGUGUUGGGUCAGACUGGCUGACACGACGCUUACGUGUAUGAGACGAGUCGCGGCAAGGCGACAGGGAGAAGGGGUGAUUGAAGGCAUACGACAGAUGUACGACGAUUGCAAAUGGCCAUCGUACUGCAGGCUACGGCAGGGGGCGAAUUGUGACAGCGGCCCCAAGAUGGAUCCUGGAGAAUGGCUCUAGGGACACCAGCAAAAACAUGCAUGCCAUCCCCCACCUCUCCCAUCAACCCCACCCCACCCGCCA